AUGGCAUUCAGUUUUGGCAAUACUCAGACAAAAACUCCAGGAUUUGGUACUGCUUUUGGCGCCACUCCCGCCACUACCGCCUCCACUGCAUUCGGAGGCUUCGGUACCACCUUCGGCUCCGCCACCAGCCAACCGGCCCCAGCAUUCGGUACCUCUUUCGGCGCCCCCACUUCAGCCCCCCCAGCGUUCGGUACUACCUUUGGGGCCCCGGCAGCCUCGGCCGCCCCCGCCUUUGGUAGUACCUUCGGAGCCCCAGCAGCGUCUGCCGCGCCAGCUUUUGGUACCAGCUUCGGAGCACCAGCAGCCUCAGCUGCGCCAGCUUUCGGCAGUACCUUCGGAGCCCCGGCAGCCUCAGCUGCGCCAGCUUUUGGUAGUACCUUCGGAGCCCCGACAGCUUCAGCUGCGCCUGCAUUUGGCUCCAGCUUCGGUACUCCGACAGCUUCGGUUGCGCCUGCUUUCGGUAGUACUUUCGGGACUCCGGCUUCGUCAGCGGCGCCAGGCUUCGGUAGUACCGGCACCGGUCUGUUUGGAGGGGCGACUUCCACUCCUAGUCUGUUCGGGGGUACGGCAGGUGGUACCGGGGGGUUAUUUGGUUCUGCUGCCACCACUCAAACCACUGGGCUGUUUGGAAGUACCUCUGGCACGACCAACCUAUUCGGCACUACCCCCACCCCCUCGCUGUUCGGCCAGCAGGCAGCCACCGCCAACCAAUCGCCGUUUGGCACCGCCGGCGCCACUCCCGGCUUCGGAGGCGGGCUGUUCGGUGGCACCGCCCCCUCUACAGGCUCCUCCCUCUUCGGCACCGCCCCCUCGGCUGGCUCCUCCCUCUUCGGAGGCGGGUUCGGUGCCAAACCGGCGGCGGGCGGAUUCGGCUCGUUCGGUGGCAAUGUGGGCGGGGGGUUUGCGGGGUUCGGGGGGGCGCAGCAGGGGGGCGGGUUUGGGGUGGGAGCUGCCCAAACUACUGGUUUUCCAGCCCCCAGCCAAGUGUCGAAGAGCCAGCAAGUCAUCGCCUCCGUGUACGCCAUCAACGUGUUCAACGACGAGAGGGACGACAUCCUCAAGAAGUGGAACAUGCUGCAGGCGUGCUGGGGCACAGGCAAGGGCUACCACCACACGUCGCAGCCGCCGGUGGAGUACGACGCGCGCAACCCGUUCUACCGGUUCAAGGCCAUGGGCUACAACCUCAUCCCCGAUCAGGACACGUCCGACGGGAUCGUGGAUUUGGUGUUCAACAAGAAGCUGGAUGAGUUGAAGAACCAGCAAGAGGUCUUGAAGAACGGCCUCGCGGGAAUCCUGGGCAACAAGCCCAACCUAUCGGUCGACAUAACCAUGAUCAAGGCCAUCUCCGACACUCAGACAGAGGUGCGCAUCACGGUGUCAGAAAAGGGCGUGACUGGCAGCACUAGGAAGGUCCCCGCCUCCGAUCUUUCUGCGUUCCUGAACCAGCCUGCGCAGAAGCAGCAGCUGGCCAAUGUGGGCGUGAGCGCUAUUGGGGCGUGCGUGACGCCCAGCAAGGCGGAGUUGGAGGAGUAUCUCAAGAAUCCGCCACCAGGCAUCGACCCUCAAAUGUGGCAGGCGGCCAUCCAGGACAACCCGAACCCGAAAAAGUACAUCCCCGUGCCGAUAAACGGCUUCUCGGAUCUGCGAUCGAGGAUGCUGCACCAGGAGCGCCAGACGGGACUGCACCAGUCCUUCUUGGAGAGGGUCAACAAGGACAUAGCGCAGCUCAAGACGCGGCACUCCUCGUCCACCGCCCAAAUCACCGAGCUGAAGUCCAAGUUUCUGGAGUUGCAACACCGGAUUUUGAGGAUAUUAGUGAAACAAGAGAGUACCCGAAAACUUGGAAUAGCCAUUCAGCCUGAAGAGGAACUCCUGAGAGGAAGAUUUGAGAUAAUGCAUCAACAAUUGAAUAAUCCCAAGCAGUUCAAAGGCCAAGUGAACGAGCUCUUGUCCAACGUCAAAAUGAUCGAAGGCAGCCAAAAACACAACAACGCGUCCAACUACCGAUUGGACGGCGAGGCCCAAGACGAGAUCAAGCAGUUCCUGAAGAUGGAGCAGAACGGAAUCUCCCAGUUGAUCAACAUCAUCCAGACCGAUCUGGAGGCCCUGAACAUCAUCAACGAUGGAAUGAAGAAGAUCAUGCAGAAUGGGAACGUUUUACCUAACAUAUGA